AUGAGUGCAUCGGGAAGUUCUCCGCUGGCGCCGGCGCCACAGGCUCGACCCUCUAAUAAAACGGUGUCGUUCCAUCCUGAGUCAACGUUUCACGAGCGUCACACAGCGACCUCGCAGCGUUUUUCACACCUUAGCGAACCCGGAUGGGAAUCUCGUGAAAGCAAUUCGGGUUAUGCGGCGCAGGAUGGGGGCAGCACAGCAGACGAAGGCAUUCGACGGAGUUAUUACAAGCGUCUUUACAAAUUCUACGAAAAGUACAAUCCGCAAAAGCUGUGCAACGUAGAGAAACUUCUCUCAGAAUGCCGAGGUGAGGAAGAGCAACUGUUUGCAAUUCUGGUAGGAAAAUACGGUCCUGAGCCGGAGGACGAAUCUGCAAUGAAAAGCAUGAAUUCUGUCUUUUCCAGCGAAGGCGAUUCUGUGAUGCACUACUCUGGAAAGCGCUGCCAAUUUCCGAAGAAGGUAAGGCCAGAAGAGGGAAAUACUGACUGCGAUACGCCGUAUUGGGCUGGAGGAUCAACACUAAUUGGCGACCGUGAUUUAUUGACGCUUUUGCAAAACCUCGAGACACCAAACGUAGAGCUGCAGAAGUGCUUCAUGGGCCUUUUUGCUCAACACCCAACAGACUGCUGGAACGGAAUGGCGUACAUCACGAGAGCCGAGGGUAUUGCCCCUGCUGACACCCCGUUUUUAGGACACACGUGGGUGGGUACGCUAGGAAGCGGCAAAGUGUUGAUACAUGAAGGGAAAAAGUAUCACCGCACGACGUUGUACUGUACUGAGGAGUGCCAAAAGCGGGGAAACCACGAGCGGUGGCGCCUCUCCGUGUAUCGUGGGGAACUGAAUUAUUUAAUUCUGUUAAGAACAGUAUGGGACCCUGUUGUUGUGCCUGAGCCCGUUCCGUUAAACAGAUCUAAUUUAUCGGAGCGCGAAUUUCAUUCCUCAUCGGAUGCGUUGCCUACGCGUCUGUCCAGUGCAAGCUCCAUCGACUCCAGUAGCAGUAGCACCCGUCAGCCUCUUCAGCCGCAGGAACCGCAACAACCAUCCGCGACUGCUACGCCGGUGCAGCUGUCAAAGCUGAUGGAAGAUCUUGAGCUUCGAAUUAUGCGACGGCUUGACGGUAUAGAAGAGCGGCUUGAGCGUUUAGAAAAUGCGAGGUAA